AAAUAUGUAUGGGGUAUAAAAGAACACUUUAUUCAACUCUUAAUUAGAGAGAAGAAGAAAGAAGAUAAGAAAUGAUGAAGAAGAAAAGUGAAGUGGUGAUCUUCUUAUUCACUCUAGUAUUGCUUCUAAGCAUGGCUUCACGUGUUAUCUCAAGAGAAGAUGGUGUUUCUCCUCCCAAACCAUCUCCCUCCGCACAUGAGGAAUCAAGAAACAGUAAAGGUGAUGGAGAUAGAGUAAUAGAGUGCAAGGAUUCAGACAGUGAAGAAGAAUGUCUUGUGAAGAAAGCGGUAGCUGUUCACACCGAUUACAUCUAUACACAAGACUUAAACCAAUCUCCUUGAAACAAAAACUAUUACUAUUUGUCUUUUAUUUAACAAACUAUAAACGUAAGCAAAGGUCUCCUUGACCAUGUGUUUUCAUGACU